AUGGAGUCGCAGUUUGCGACGAACCAUCUCGUGCCGUUCCUUCUGACGAACUUGAUUAUGGGGAAGGUGCUGGCGGCGAGGAGUCCGAGGGUUGUUAUGGUUGCUAGUGAUGGGCAUCGGCUGAGUGGGGUUAGGAUUAAGGAUUAUAACUUCGAUAAUGGCAAGGUAUACAAUAGAUACCUCUCAUAUGGGCAGACCAAGACGGCGAAUAUGCUCAUGGCCGUUUCUCUGGCUGAGAAGCUUGCGACCCGGAAUCUUCUCGCGUUCGGUCUGCACCCGGGAGUGAUCUUCACGAAUCUUGCGAACCACCUUCUCGAAGAUCUGGACGGGAGCUUCGAGGAGCUCGCUGCUCUCGACCGCGCGCAGGGUAACCCAGAAGGCUGGAAGAGACUGGACCCGAAACCAUUGGGGACAGCUCGACCCAUAUCUAUGCAGCUUUUGAUCCUGAUCUUGCAGUACCUGACCGACUGCCAUGUUGCAGACCCGUGGGUCGACACAGCCAAGCCAUGGGCUACGAGUCCGCUCGAAGCAGAGCGAUUAUGGAAGCUGAGUGAGGAAUUAGUAGGCGAGAGGUUCAAAUCCUAG